CUGAUAGCGCCGCCGCGCUACGUCAUGACCACCACCACACUGGAGCGCACAGAGGGUCUCUCUGUCCUCAACCAAGCCAUGGCUGCCAUCAAAGAGAAGAUUGAGGAGAAGCGAGGAGUGUUUAACAUCCAGAUGGAGGCGAAGGUUGUGACCGACAUAGAUGAGACAGAGCUGGCCCGCCAGCUGGAGCAACUGGAGAGAGAGAACGCUGAGGUGGACGGAGAUGACGAGGAUGGAGAGAUGGAGGCCAAGGCAGAGGACUAAACUAGAUGAAGAACUGAGGGAUUGGAUACGACGACGAGACCAAUUAUACAUAUGCAGUCCAGAGCAUGUAUUCAUAAAGCAUCUCAGAGUAGGAGUGCUGGUCUAGGAUCAGCCCACCCCCCCAUAUGUAAUCUUAUGCAUAAUGAUCUAAAAGGCUAAACUUAUCCUAGAUCAGAACUCCUAUUUUGAGAUAUUUCAUGAAUACAGGCCUUGUCUGAUGAGAUGACGAACUUCAUAUCAAAUCAAGCAUUCUAGAACGUCUCUCCAACUGAACCCUUUGGAUCAGUAGCAGGGACCCUCUCAGGGAGACUGAUAGAGAGAUGGCUACAGGCACUGACUGUCAUACUGCCAAACAGGGCUGGGAAAGGCCUCUGUGAUUAUACCAAUGGACACAAUAACAACUGAAUAUGAUCACUGAACCCUAGCUGUUUGAAUUGCAUAAGAACGGGUGGGUUGGGGUAGGA